UAAUGAAGACCGCCGGAAAUCGUACAGCGCUUAGGAGCCGGAAGUGACGCGGCCUAUCAACAUGGCCAGCUCAGCGAGUUACCAAGGAGACGGGGGCUCAGCUCUGAGCAUGGAGUAUAUCCGCUCGCUUACAGACCUGCAGGAGCUGGAGGGGGCCUAUGCGCGGUUGUGCGCUGAGGAGAUAGAGGUGGAAGCAGAACUGGAGGCACUACUCGGACAGCAAGGUGCAGUAGAGAACAAGAUGCUGGCAUUACAGCGGAUGGGGCCAAACUUGCAGCUGAUAGAAGGAGAUGCUCAGCAGCUGUCAGGAAUGAUAACAUUUACCUGUAACCUGGCCGAAAAUGUCAGCAGUAAGGUCCGACAACUGGACCUUGCCAAGAGCCGACUCUAUCAGGCCAUUCAGCGAGCGGAUGACAUACUGGAUCUUAAGUUUUGUAUGGAUGGUGUGCAAAGCGCGUUGAAGAAUGAGGAGUAUGAGCAGGCAGCAGCGCAUAUACACAGAUACCUGUGCUUGGACAAAUCCGUUAUUGAGCUCAGCAGGCAGGGAAAAGAAGGUAGUAUGAUUGAUGCAAACCUACAGCACCUGCAGGAAGCCGAAAAGCAGCUCAAGGUCCUGGUCAGUGAGAAGUUUGAUGUGGCAACUAAAGCUGGAGACCUGCCUCAGGUAGAGAGGUUCUUCAAGAUCUUUCCACUACUUGGACUGCAUGAAGAAGGAAUCAGCAAGUUUUCUGCAUACCUGUGUCAGCAGGUAGCUAAGAAGGCUGAAGAGAACUUGGCGCUGGCUAUGGAAACAGAGGGCAGUGAGCGCCGAGCAACUCUCUUAUUUGCAGAUACACUAACGCUUCUGUUUGAAGGUAUCGCCCGAAUUGUCGAGACUCAUCAACCCAUAUUAGAGACCUACUAUGGCCCAGGCAGACUCUACAUACUUAUAAAGUACCUUCAAGCUGAGUGCGACCGGCAGGUGGAAAAAGUGGUCGACAGAUUCACACAGCAAAGAGACUAUCAGAGGAAGUUUCAGCGGGUGCAGAGCUGUAUGAUCCGUGUUUCAUCUUCUGACAAGAUUGAGCCAAGGGACCUGGACCCUAUACUGGCUGAGGUGACAUUGAUGAGUGCCCGUACAGAGCUUUACCUCCGUUUUAUUAAACGACGCAUCACAUCAGACUUUGAAGUUGGAGACUCUAUGGCAGCAGAAGAAGUAAAACAAGAACAUCAGCAGAAUUUGGACAAGCUGCUUAAACAUUGUCUCCUCAGUCGCUGCAUGCAGGAGCUGAUCGGUUACUAUAUCACCAUGGAGGAAUACUACAUGAGGGAGACCGUCAACAAGGCUGUGGCCAUGGACACGUGUGAGCAGGGGCAAAUGAUAUCCAGUAUGGUGGAUGACGUUUUUUACAUAGUGAAGAAAUGUAUCGGACGUGCACUCUCCAGCUCCAGUAUAGACUGUCUAUGUGCGAUGAUUAACCUGUCAACAACCAUGAUGGAGUCUGACUUCAGGGAAGUUCUCUGUAACAAGCUGAGGAUGGGUUUCCCGGCCACCACAUUACAGGAUAUCCAGCGUGGGGUGACCAGUGCUGUCAGCAUUGUCCACAGCAGUCUGCAGCAGGGCAAAUUUGAUACCAAGGGCAUUGAGAGUAAUGAUGAGGCCAAGAUGUCUUUCCUGGUUUGUCUGAAUAAUGUGGAAGUGUGUAGUGAGAACAUUAUGACCCUGAAGAAAAAUCUGGAGAAUGACUGCAGAAAGUUGUUUAGCCAAGACUUUGGAGGAGACCAAGCUAAGGCAAAGAUUGACAGCUGCCUCUCUGAUUUGGCUUCUGUUUCAAAUAAAUACAGAGACCUUCUCCAGGAAGGUCUGGGGGAACUGAACAGUACAGCCAUUAAACCUCAAGUUAAGCCAUGGAUUAACCUAUUUCUGUCUGUGUCACACAACAUUGAGGAGGAGGAAUUUAAUGACUAUGAAGCAAAUGACCCCUGGGUGCAGCAAUUUAUAGUGAACCUAGAACAACUCAUGGGAGAGUUUAAGGCUGGUCUCUCCCCCAUUAUCUAUGAGAAUCUCACCAGUCUUCUUACCAGUCUUAUUGCUAUGGAAAUGGAAAAGGUGGUUUUAAAAUCCACGUUCAGCAGGCUUGGAGGGCUUCAGUUUGACAAGGAGCUGCGCUCUCUCAUCGCUUAUCUCACUACGGUUACAACAUGGACGAUCCGGGAUAAGUUUGCUCGACUUUCCCAAAUGGCAACAAUUCUAAACCUAGAGAGGGUGACAGAAAUACUGGAUUAUUGGGGCCCUAACUCUGGACCUUUGACAUGGCGCCUCACCCCUGCUGAAGUUCGUCAAGUGCUGGCAUUACGUAUAGACUUCCGCAGUGAGGACAUUAAACGCUUACGCCUUUAGAUUUUGGACUGGUAUAUGCGCUGAAUGUCGGGUCUUGAGUGUAGACCUUUAUCUACUUCAUCUUCAGAGGUUCACUUCAUGUAGUGGAAGAAGACUGGAGAUUUGUAAAUAUCAGGACACAAUGACUGCGCUUUCUGGGAGGUUUAUUGUUUAGGUCAGAGAAUAAAAUUUACAAGACUUUUUUUUAUGUACAAAAUAACCUGAGACGGAAUCAGCAGUUACACCAGGUUAAAUAAAAUCCCUCAUCUCCUGGUUGUGAACAAAUUGAGCAGCUAUUUCAUUUACUAUCUUAAAUAAAGGAAGUACACUAGCACAUGGCCCAAAAAA